AUGAACCUUGUACACCGGCGUCUUUUUGGUGAAAUACACCGCCAUGUGGUCCUGUGUAGCAGUAAACUCCUUGCGUUUGCGCAUCUCCUCCUGACGUCUUUGAUAUCUCUGGUCUUGCGUCUCUGCGUUGGUGGACGUGUCGCCGUUUUUGGCAGCAGCAACAGAUUCCAGCGUGAACUUCUCUGGCUGUGGGUUGUUACUCUCCAUGGUGCCCUUCUUAACGUCCCAAACACGAACAGAGUUGUCGGAUCCAGCACUCACAAGAACAGAGCCGUCUUUGCUGAAAGCCAAAGAGUAGAUAGAACAUCUACCGUGUCCACGCAUAGAUUUGAGUUUUCGUCCCGACGAGAUGUCAAACAUGUUGAUCACGGAGUCCUCGCCAGCAGUGGCCAGCCAUCUUCCGUCUGGAGACACUGCCAGAGCGUUCACCGCCAUGUUAUGUCCAAUGAAUAUACGCACAGACUCACCUCUGGCAAUAUCCCACAUCCGCACAGUCUUGUCGCUCGAUCCGGUGAACAGAUACGUAGAGUUUGGAUGGAAUUCAACAACGUCCACAUCGUUCAGGUGGCCAGCAAAAAUACGCAACGGGUAGAUGUGAUCACAUGA